AUGGCCAAUCCGAAUUCAAACGUGCCUCGAGCUGACCAAUUCCCACCAUAUCCAUCUUCAACUUCAAGCCCAUCUAUACAAGUCCCUGACCCUUCUCCGUCUUCUAGCCUCCCUCAAGACGAUCAAUCCCCUCAUUCCACAUCCUCCAACCCAUCUCCGAGACCAAUUCCUUCUCCGGUUGGAUCUUCGAGUCAGCCCUUUGCUUUAAGGCACGACGAACAUUCACCGAGGUUUGUCCGAUCGCACACUGGGCUUUCAAGCCAACCUGCGAGCAGAAGGCACGAUGAGCAAUCACCGAGGUCGGUUCGAUCUCCUGAAGGGUCAUCGGCUCAGCCUACUAGCGGAAGGCAUUCCAGUUAUAAAGGAAUUCGGUUGCGGAGUGGGAAAUGGGUAUCGGAGAUCCGGGAACCACGAAAAACUAAGCGUGUAUGGCUUGGUACUUAUCCGACUCCUGAAAUGGCAGCCGCCGCUUACGAUGUGGCGGCUCUGGCCCUUAAAGGCCCCGACACCGCACUGAAUUUCCCGGAAUCAAUUCUCUCCUACCCAAUACCAGCCUCAGCGUCCGCUAGUGAUAUCAGGGCUGCAGCUGCUAGUGCAGCAUCGGCCAGGUCGCCAAGACCUGAAACUGAGCCAAAUCCCGAAGUGGGCCGGCCUGAAACGGAAGGCACAUCAUCUAGCACCACCGCCGGUGUUCAAUCAGGACAAGAAUUUAUCGACGAGGAAGAACUUUUAAACAUGCCCCAUUUGCUCGUUGACAUGGCAGAAGGAAUGCUAGUGAGCCCUCCAAGAAUAAACACACCAUCCUCUGAUGAUUCUCCUGGGAAUUCCGAUGCUGAAAGCCUAUGGUCUUACCACUAA